AAGGCACGUGUGCAUUGGACGAAUUGCAGAUGCUGUGCCAGUACGGAACGGAUCACUUCAGAGUUCAGACUUCAUGGUUCACCAAAUUCACUACGAUUUUUAUUCUCUGAUGUCAAUGUCUAGGCCUAUGUUGUGACUUCACGCAGACAUUAAAGACUACAUUAGUGUGUUUUCAAUAUCUUCAGCAUCAAGUGACAUCGUGUAUAACCUUUGGCGAUAGUGUCCAAAAAUUUUAGUGUCAGAUGUGCGGGAACACGUGUCUAACGUUUGAUUUGCUUUAUUUUUGUUUUAAAAAGUUCACAAACUUUUCAAAGUUUAGCUGAUUGACGCCAAGUAUAAUCCUGCUUCAAGACUGGCUUUUCCUGCUGGAAUAUCAUGGAUUAUAACAUAGAAAAUCUCGCCGUGAAUCAACGCGGCGUAAAUUAUUUGUAUUUCAACUACGAAGAUCAAACCAAUUUGGCUAAUGCGAUGUAUGCUGAAAUUUAUCAACAAGACAAUACACCACGCUUAAAAAUUAGAGGAGAUUUGUUUCUAGAAAAUCAUUCCAGUACUCUUGGAAAAAAUCGACAUCACGGUGAAGAAGAAGUUCCAGAUGCUAAAAAACGUAGAUUGCACAAUCCUCCAACGGACAUCCAAUCCAAUGAAGGAACCGAUGUAAUAUGCCUGGACGAUUCAGAUUCAGGCAGUGAAUCAGCAGAUGUUGUUGUCUUAGAAGAAACAAGCGCGCAACUCAAGAAAAGUAAUGAAAAUACAAAAUUUGAUGUAAUCGUUCUUUCUGAUAGCGAGGAUGAAAAAAAAACUCAUCCUGAGAGAGAUCAAGAAUCUGGAAUUGAUAAUUCAUUCAAUAAAACGGGAAUGUCUUCAAAUGUCUCUGACAGUAGCUCUGAAGAUUUAUCUGAUAAUGAUAACAUAAUGAUACAUAUUAGGGACUCACCUUCUCAGAAGCGUAAUAAAACGCCAUUGAAAUCUAAAACAAACUAUGCAUCAGCUUUUUUCCAUGAAGUUCCGAAUUUCCAUACAGAAAUGCCUCUUACAAUGAAAAGAUAUUAUAACGAACCAGCUGAUUCAAAAUCAAUUGAAGAGAGACAAGCUCUAAUGUCCAGAAAGCAAAUGAACUGGUUAAUAAUAAAAGAGGAUAAAAUGAAAAAAUCACCAAAAAGACUUUCAUUUCAUGGAAAAUGUAGGCACUGCCAACAGAAAGGCCACAUGGCAAAAGAUUGUACUGAACCACAUAAAGAUAUCACUUGCCACUUAUGUAGUUCAACAGAUCACAAAUCCAAGAAUUGUAAUGGAAAAAAAUGCUUUAAUUGUAAUACAAAACUGCAGAAAUUUGGAUUUAGCUGCCCAGCUUGUAUGCAUCUUAGAUGCUCAGUCUGCAAAAAAAAGGGACACCUACAAUCUUCAUGUCCAAAUUUUUGGAAAAAAGAACAAUUCAUCAUCAAUAAAGCCAAAAUAUAUCAUUAGUAAUUCAAUGAUGUUCAUCCAUAUUAUUUUACAUGAUUGUAAAUAAUGUAUAUAAAUGUAAAU